AUGGCGGACGAAGAGAGCCCAGAAGAAUCGGAGAAAAAGAUUGACUCUCUAUCGCAUCCAGAAGUGAUGGUUCUCUUUGGUGAAAAAAUUUGGGGAACAUAGUGGAAGAUCCACUCCUUAUAUAUAUAUAAUUUUAUAUGCCUUUUAAUAAACUUUCAGCUGUAGUUGUCAUCCAAAAUGCGACAGUGCAUCACUUAAAGAAGGCAAUACAAAGACAAAUCUCACUUAAACUCUUCAGGGAAGGAGGUCUGCAUAUUGUCUCUUGGACAGAAGCUAACAGAGAAUCAUCAACCUCUCACAUAAAGUCUGUAAGGAAAAUGAAACUCACAAGAUUCUACCUGAGGCAAAACAUAGAACCCUUGGGCAGUUUAUGCAUAUGCAUUGGUAGUCUCCCAGUUGGCCUUGACACAAGCAAAUACAAAAUUUUGAUUGGCAACAUUCUAGGAGAAACCAUGGAAUUUUGUGAGGUGAAAAGUGUGUUUUCAAGUUGUGGUGAGUUACUACCUGGACUGUUCCCCCCUGGAAGCCAACCCCUUCUAGUACUGGUAAACUCCAAAAGUGGUGGCGGUCAGGGGGCAGACAUGUUCACAGCUUUCCAGAGACUGCUCAACCCUAAUCAAGUGUACAGCCUCUUAGAGGGAGGCCCAUUAUCAGGAGUUUAUGCUUUCAGAUCUAUUUCUGAUUUUCGUGUCUUGAUCUGUGGUGGUGAUGGCACAGUUGGCUGGGUGCUGUCAUGUUUGGAUGAUGUUGUUCAAGAGAUGAAGUGUAAGCUACCUGCAUCAGCAGUUCUUCCUCUUGGCAUUGGUAAUGAUCUCUCUCGUGUUCUCCAUUGGGGAGGUGGUUACUCUGGUGGCGAGAGUCCUGUAUCGCUUCUCAUGGCCGUUGAUCAGGCACACGAAGUGUUUCUUGAUAGAUGGUGUGUCAUGUUUGAUUCAGCGGACACUAACGACAGUGCGCUUGGCUCGAUGGGAGGAAGAGAAGACAAUCCUAGUAUUUUUACCAUGAAUAAUUACUUUGGGAGCGGAAUUGGAGCUGAGCUUUGUUUAGAUUUUCAUCUCCAGAGGGAGGAAGCACCUGAUAAAUUCCAUAGCAGGCUUCAUAACAAAGGAGUUUACUUUAGAGCAGGUAUAAAGAAAAUGGUCAAAGGCUACUCGCGGACAUUUACUCAAGAGGUCGAAAUAGAGAUUGAUGGCAAAAAACUUGACUUACCAACACUAGAAGGAAUUGUAAUUCUGAACAUAGGCAGUUGGGGAGCAGGCACAGAUGCAUGGGGACCAGACAAAGAAGAUGGUCAUUCCCCAGCUUGUCACUGUGACGGUCUUGUCGAGGUGGUUGGACUUCAGGGAGUAAUGCACCUAGGUCAAAUUCAAAGUGGAAUCAGGACUGGUAUUCGGCUAGCACAGGGAGCCCAGAUCAACAUCAAAUUAAAAUCAGAGAUGCCCGUACAAAUAGAUGGUGAACCUUGGAUGCAGCCUCCUGGAAAUGUGAUUGUACGGCCCAUACUAACACAGGCGCUGAUGCUAUCGAAGAGGAAGGUUAAAGUAAAAAACAAAAGAAGACCCACAAGUUCGUCUCGCCCUCCUGCAAGCCCCAGCGCAACAAGAACUAUUUUUUAUGACGAUUAAACACUUACCCCGGGCUUAUGGCAGCUUAAUUAGAAACCAUACUGGAUAUUUUUUCCAGCUCUGAUUUAUACUUAACUUGGUAAUCUUGUAAAGUUUCAUCUAGUUAAGUAUUGCUUUAGCCGAGAAAAUGUAAUUCGAAAUUGUAAAGGAAAUUACUGUCAUUUGUAUCGCUUUGGGUAUACGCUGUAUUGUAAACAGUGCAGACUAAAAUUCCAUCUUUAUAGUGCGUUAAAUUGAACCAAUUGUGAAACUCUACCAGCACGAAAUGCAUGCUGGUUGAGAAAUCACAUGAACAUCACGUGCUCGUCAUAUAGGCUGAAACAAGGAGAGCGGCUCAGUCCUCACCAUUCGAACCUCUUCAGUGUACAUUACCAUUCGUGCUAUUGGAGUCAAUUUCUAACACCGGCCAUGAUUUGUUUAUCGAAGUGGUAUAUAAUGAUUCUGAACUAGUCUCGGCCACAUUCUGUCUUUCCCCGUUCCGCCCGUAAAUGCGCAAAGGCGUUGUAGUAGACGCUACGCGCUAACGAACCAAACUCGUAACCUGGUAUUCCAUAGUCGUAUGUAGGAAAAAAAGGGUGGCGCGAGA